AUGAUGAGUAUACAAGCGAGUCCGCGGCGCAACCUUCCGCGCACGCAGAGCACCGUCAACAAAAAGAAGAGCUUCAUCAAAUACGCCAAGCUUGAUUGGGAAUACGAGGGAGAAAGCGCGUUAGUUGCUAGUUGCAGCAAAGCGCAGUUUAAAUGCGUCAACGAGUUGAUCAAAGCUGGCGGUCAGUGCAACAACAGAGAUUCAAACGGAAACAUUCCGAUUUCUGCCGCAUGCAAUAUUCCUAUUAUUGGGACUGGGACGCGCCUGAACGAGUACCGCAGCGGGCAGGACGUCGAUAAAAUGGCCCGCUCCGUAGUGGUCGUCGAUAUGCUCAUAAACAACGGAGCACUUUUGAUUUCACGAGAUCCAGAAAACAAAACGCCUCUUGAGCUGGCGCGCAUUCACAACAACUGGCCUGUGUAUCUCAUUUUGAGACUUUACGAAACGAACAAAUUCGAUGAUGAAAUGAAAAGCAUCGCUACAAAAGACGUUUUCGAGAAAAUGAAGCUCACGGAUUUGAAUUCUAUUCGUCUUCAAAUGAUAUACAACGCGACAACGAACAAUAAAGCUGCUCUCGAGUACCUAUUAGAUAUGUUUGACGAUACUGAAGAAGUCUGGUUUCCCGCUUGGUAUAAAUUUACGAGAUAUGUUGGAGAAGCGCGGCUGCGUAAUCGUACACUAUCAAACGCAAAACGAGGAGAAUUAUACGAGAUGAUGGAGACUUUAAAAGAUUUCAAAGUCAAUUUCCCAAGCGGCUUUCUUGUCGAAGAAGCCGCGGGCGCUGGCUCAUCUGGAACGGAAGAGAUAAUUUCUGAAGAAGACGCGGUGCAGAAAAUCGCACAGUUGAGAAUCAAGAGCACCUAUUUGGAGAAUCUCAAUCAGCGACAGGAUAAAAAUCUGGCAACAGCGCGACCUAGGCGUCCUCUGGCUCGGGAAAGCCCAGUGCCUCGAUCGUCCCUGCUCUCAAAAAGCCGAAGCACCGAUCAGCUCUCAAAAAGCGCCAAAACGUCCAAAGCAGCCGUGGCGAUAAAGACCGGCAGCAGCUCGAAAAAGCGAGCCUCCUUUUCCAAGCCCAAGAAAUCCUCCAUCGACCCCCCAAUCGCUGAAAACUCAACAUGUCUCACCCAGCAGUCGAUUUCGAGAAUAGUGCCCGACUGUUGCAUGCUAGACUCGGACUCGUCGGAGGACGAGGGCUUCAAGCGUUGUCGCCAGUGCUCGCGACGGGCUGUUGCUUGGUCGAUCUUUCUUCCGUGCGGCCAUGCCAACUGUCAAACUUGCUCUUCCACAAUCGCCAAGAGCGGUCAGUGCAACUACUGUGGCAAAGCAAUAGAAACAGUCACAAACAUAUUGUUCAAAUAG